AUGGGCUUCCUCCGGCGACUUUUCGGCGGAAAAAAACACCACAAUCCACCACCGAGAACCACCGCAAAAAAAGACAAGAGAAUCUGGAGCUUAGCCAAAAACAGCACAAGGGACAAAACCAACUCACUCCCGUUGAAUAACCACAAAAAUACUGACCCUUCUACUUCUUUUGCCGAAAAUUAUGAUGCCAAUAAACAUGCAAUUGCUGUAGCUGCCGCUACCGCCGCCGUAGCCGAAGCUGCACUCGCCGCCGCUCAUGCUGCUGCCGAGGUUGUCAGACUGACAAGUAACACCGAUUCAGGACAUUCCGCGGUUAGACCUCAAACUCCGAAGACCGGCCGGAGAUGCUCGCCGGCGGAAUAUGAUGCCGCCGUGAAGAUACAGUCGGCGUUCCGAGGUUACUUGGCAAGGAGGGCAUUAAGAGCACUUAAAGCAUUGGUGAAAUUGCAAGCAUUGGUGAGAGGUCACAUUGUAAGAAAGCAAACGGCCGAUAUGCUAAAACGCAUGCAAACAUUGGUGCGACUUCAGUCACGUGCACGUGCAAGUCGCAUGCACGUUUCUGAUAAUAUGCACUCUUUCAAGUCUUCACUUUCUCGUAACCCUGUCCCAGAUGAUUAUGAGCAUCGACUUCAUGUCUAUAGGACGAAAUUUGAUGGAUCUUCGAUCCUCAAGAGAUGUAGUUCCAAUGCAAAUUUUAGGGACAUGAACUUAGAACGAGCCCGGUUCGGUUCGAACUGGUUAGACGGUUGGAUGGAAGAAAACACAUGGAGCCAAAUCGGAGACACUUCAUCGAAAACCAUACAUCUUGAUGAUGAAAAGAGUGAUAAAAUUCUUGAAGUAGAUACUUGGAAGCCACAUUUGAACUCACAUCAUAGUACUAGCACAUCUUUUCAACAUCAUCAUUCAUCUUGUGAUUACAAUAAUGAGAAUUUUACACAACACGACUCACCGAGGAAACGUUCGUUCAAACCUCACAAUUCAAGUUUCUCUUCCAUGAAACAUCAAAAAGAUAAAGAAGAAGUAGCUUCCUCACGAACGACGAUCGAUAAUACUCCGCAAGCGCUUUCGGCUUCUUCUAGACUCGAAAAUGGUUUGAGGAGAGGUCCUUUCACACCAACUAAAAGUGAGACUUCAUGGAGUUUUUUCAAUGGCUACUCUGAUUGUCCUAGUUAUAUGGCAUAUACUCAAUCUUCUAGAGCUAAGGUUAGAUCACAAAGUGCUCCAAGACAAAGGCUAGAGUUUGAGAGAAGCAGUGUUUCAACUACAAGAUCUAUUCAAGGUCUUUGA